GGCUACCCUUACCUGGAGUUUCACUGCCAUGGACUUAACCGAGGAUAGCGCUGUGGAAAUUAUCCUGUGCUGACCCACUUCUCCGCGCGGUUCUCUCUGCCUCCAUCCUUUGACGCCUUCUUUCAUUUCUGUCAGGUGUUGUCAGUGCUGAGAAACCAUGUCAGACAAAAUGUCCAGUUUCCUCCAUAUCGGGGACAUUUGCUCCCUGUAUGCAGAGGGCUCCACCAGUGGAUUUAUCAGCACUUUAGGGCUUGUGGAUGAUCGCUGUGUGGUACAACCAGACACAGGUGACCUCAACAACCCCCCAAAGAAAUUCAGAGACUGCCUUUUCAAACUGUGUCCUAUGAACAGAUACUCAGCACAGAAACAGUUCUGGAAGGCUGCAAAACCUGGAGGCAACAGCACCACUGAUACAGUCCUCCUAAAUAAACUUCAUCAUGCUGCUGACCUUGAGAAGAAGCAGAAUGAGUCUGAAAACCGCAAGCUGCUGGGAACAGUUAUCCAGUAUGGAAAUGUCAUUCAGUUGCUGCACUUGAAAAGCAAUAAAUACCUGACAGUGAACAAGCGCUUGCCUGCGCUGUUGGAGAAGAAUGCCAUGAGAGUAACUCUGGACUCGGCCGGAAACGAGGGAUCCUGGUUCUACAUCCAGCCCUUCUACAAGCUCAGAUCCCUGGGAGACAGUGUGGUGAUUGGAGAUAAAGUAGUCCUUAAUCCCGUGAAUGCUGGACAGCCUCUACAUGCCAGCAGCCAUCAGCUAGUUGACAACCCAGGGUGCAAUGAGGUUAAUUCUGUGAAUUGCAACACAAGUUGGAAAGUUGUUCUAUUCAUGAAAUGGAGCGACAACAAGGAAACGAUACUCAAGGGGGGCGAUGUAGUGCGGUUGUUCCAUGCAGAGCAGGAGAAGUUUCUCACUUGUGACGACUACAGGAAGAAGCAAUAUGUUUUUCUUAGAACAACCGGCCGGCAAUCUGCCACUUCUGCCACAAGCAGCAAAGCACUGUGGGAAGUUGAGGUGGUUCACCAUGACCCAUGUAGGGGCGGUGCAGGCUACUGGAACAGCCUUUUCAGGUUUAAACAUUUGGCCACAGGGUGCUAUUUGGCUGCUGAGGUGAAUCCAGACUUUGAGGAGGAGAAUGCUGAGCAGCGGCCCUCUGUGGUGGACUUUACACCCUUUAAUUUCCAGCUGGAUGGAGAUAAUGAAGCGUUACGUGGCCGCCUGCGGGGUCCACAGGAGAAAAUCAUGUACACUUUGGUGCCUGUUCCUGAUGGUAUGGAUAUUUCCUCCAUCUUUGAGCUGGACCCUACCACUCUGAGAGGCGGGGACUCCAUGGUGCCCAGGAGCUCCUAUGUGAGGCUAAGACACCUGUGCACCAACACAUGGGUUCAUAGCACCAACAUCCCCAUUGACAAAGAAGAGGAGAAACCUGUUAUGCUAAGGAUUGGAACAUCAGCAGUAAAGGAAGACAAAGAAGCAUUUGCUAUUGUCCCAGUGCCGCCAGCAGAAGUGCGUGAUUUAGACUUUGCUAACGAUGCAAGUAAAGUGUUGGCGUCCAUUGCUGGCAAGCUGGAAAAGGGUACCAUUACCCAAAAUGAAAGGAGGUUUGUGACAAAGCUCCUGGAAGAUUUAGUUUUCUUUGUAGUAGAUAUCCCCAACAGUGGGCAGGAUGUUUUGGAGAUCAUGGUCAACAAACCCAACAGGGAAAGACAGAAACUCAUGAGAGAGCAGAAUAUUCUUAAACAGAUUUUCAAACUUCUCCAAGCCCCUUUCACAGACAGUGGUGAUGGUCCCAUGCUGCGACUGGAAGAGCUGGGAGACCAGCGCCAUGCGCCAUUUAGACAUAUUUGCAGGCUUUGCUACAGAGUGCUCCGCCAUUCCCAGCAGGAUUACAGAAAGAACCAAGAAUAUAUAGCCAAACAAUUUCGCUUCAUGCAGAAACAGAUAGGAUAUGACGUGUUGGCAGAAGACACAAUAACAGCUUUGCUUCACAACAACCGAAAGCUGCUGGAGAAGCACAUAACUGCUGCUGAGAUAGACACAUUUGUCACUCUAGUGAGGAAGAACCGGGAACCCAGGUUUCUGGACUACCUGUCAGAUCUCUGUGUGUCCAUGAACAAAUCCAUCCCUGUGACACAGGAGCUCAUCUGCAAUGCAGUACUAGACUGUAGCAAUGCUGACAUCCUCAUUGAAACCAAGUUGGUUCUGUCGAGGUUUGAGAUUGAGCUGGCGACGAAUGGGGAGAAUCCAGUGGAGGCAGAAGAUGAAGAGGAGGUGUGGCUCUUCUGGAAAGAUAACUCUAAGGAGAUCCGGAGUAAGAGCAUCCGGGAGUUGGCCCAGGAUGCAAAGGAAGGCCAGAAGGAGGAUCAGGAGGUGGUCAGCUACUACAGGUGCCAGCUGAACCUUUUUGCCCGGAUGUGUCUGGACCGUCAAUACUUGGCCAUCAACAAGAUCUCCGGUCAGCUGGACGUAGAUUUGAUCCUGCGCUGCAUGUCGGAUGAAGACCUGCCCUAUGACUUGAGAGCAUCUUUCUGCCGUCUGAUGCUGCACAUGCAUGUGGAUCGUGACCCUCAGGAGCAGGUCACACCUGUCAAAUAUGCUCGUCUGUGGUCUGAGAUUCCAUCUAAAAUCGCUAUUGAUGACUAUGACAACGAUGGAACCACACGGGAUGAGAUCAAAGAGCGCUUCAGCCUCACCAUGGAUUUUGUGGAGAACUACCUGAGAGAGGUGGUUUCCCAGAAUAUUCCCUUCUCUGACAAGGAGAAAAACAAGCUUACGUUUGAGGUUGUGAACCUGGCGAGGAACCUCAUAUACUUUGGUUUCUACAACUUUAGUGACCUGCUUCGACUGACAAAGAUCUUACUAAACAUUUUAGACUGUGUACAUGUCAGCACCAUUUACCCCAUCAACAAGAUUGAGAAGGAAGAGGAAAACAAAGGUGGCAGUAAUGUGAUGAAGUCCAUUCAUGGAGUUGGGGAGCUGAUGACCCAGGUGGUGCUGCGAGGAGGCGGUUUGCUGCCCACCACACCAACUCAUCAGCCUGAGGGUGAUGUGGUUAAAACUCAAACUGAACCGGAGAGAGAAGAUAUCAUGGUCAUGGACACAAAGCUCAAGAUCAUUGAGAUUCUGCAGUUCAUUUUGAAUGUACGGCUAGACUACAGGAUAUCCUGCCUGCUCUGCAUUUUCAAACGCGAGUUUGAUGAGAACAACCCACAAGGAGACAACGCUGCCACUCAGAAUGGAUCCAAUAAUAUCACAAGUCCAAUGCCAGGAAAUUUUGACUUUGAGAAUAUAGAGGAACAGGCAGAAGGGAUCUUUGGAGGAAGUGAAGAAAACACUCCACUAGACCUGGAUGACCAUGGUGGUCGCACCUUUCUAAGGGUCCUCCUGCAUCUAACAAUGCAUGACUACCCACCCCUCGUGUCUGGAGCUCUUCACCUGCUGUUCAGACACUUCAGUCAGAGGCAGGAGGUCCUUAUGGCCUUCAAACAAGUCCAGUUGCUGGUGACCAGUCAGGAUGUUGACAACUACAAGCAGAUCAAGUCAGAUUUGGACCAGUUGCGUUCUAUUGUGGAGAAAUCUGAACUGUGGGUUUACAAAAGGCAAGGAGAAGAUGGGAUGGAUGGAGAUGGACCCUCCGAGUCUGACAACAAAAAGAAGGGAGAUUCAGACAAGAAGAUGACUGAAAGCACCAGCAGUUACAACUACAGAGUUGUAAAAGAGAUCCUGCUGCGCCUCAGUAAGCUGUGUGUCCAGGAGGGAAGCUCAGGGAAAAAGAGCAAGAAACAGCAGCAGAGGCUGCUGAGGAACAUGGGAGCUCACAGUGUGGUGCUAGAACUCCUACAGAUCCCCUAUGAGAAGGGUGAGGAUGUACGAAUGCAGGAGAUCAUGAAACUGGCCCACGAGUUUCUGCAGAAUUUCUGUGCAGGGAACCAGCAGAACCAGGCUCUUCUCCACAAGCAUAUCAACUUAUUUCUUAACCCGGGGAUCCUUGAGGCUGUCACCAUGCAGCACAUCUUCAUGAAUAACUUCCAGCUGUGCAGUGAGAUUAAUGAGCGUGUGGUUCAGCACUUUGUCCACUGUACUGAGUCACAUGGUCGACAUGUCCAGUAUCUCAAGUUUCUGCAAACCAUUGUCAAGGCCGAGAACAAGUUCAUCAAGAAGUGUCAGGACAUUGUCAUGGCAGAGCUGGUGAACUCCGGUGAGGAUGUAUUGGUGUUCUACAACGACCGUGCCUCUUUUCAGACGCUUGUCCAGAUGAUGCGCUCAGAGCGGGAUCGCAUGGAUGAAAACAGUCCCUUAAUGUACCACAUACACCUGGUUGAACUGCUGGCCGUUUGCACUGAGGGCAAGAAUGUCUACACGGAGAUCAAGUGCAACUCUCUGCUGCCCCUGGAUGAUAUUGUGCGGGUCGUCACCCAUGAAGACUGUAUUCCUGAGGUGAAGAUUGCCUAUAUCAACUUCCUGAACCACUGCUAUGUGGAUACAGAGGUGGAGAUGAAGGAGAUUUAUACAUCCAACCACAUGUGGAAGCUGUUUGAGAACUUCCUGGUGGACAUUUGUAGGGUGUGCAACAACACCAGUGACAGGAAGCAUGCGGAUACCAUGCUGGAGCGUUAUGUAACUGAAACAGUCAUGAGCAUUGUCACAUGUUUCUUCAGCUCUCCUUUUUCUGACCAGAGCACAAGCCUGCAGACCCGCCAGCCAGUUUUUGUGCAGCUGCUUCAAGGAGUGUUUAGGGUUUACCACUGUAACUGGCUUAACCCUCUCCAGAAGGCCUCAGUUGAGGCUUGCAUUAAAGUGCUGUCAGACGUGGCUAAAAGCAGAGCCAUUGCUAUCCCAGUGGACCUGGACAGUCAGGUGAACAACUUGUUUGUCAAGUCUAACAAUGUUGUGCAGAAAAGCAUCCUCAACUGGAGACUAUCUGCUAAAAACACAUCGAGACGAGACUCUGGCCUGACCACCUCAAAAGACUAUAGAAACAUCAUUGAGAGGCUGCAGGACAUCGUGUCGGCCCUUGAGGACCGCUUGCGACCACUGGUCCAGGCUGAGCUCUCUGUGCUGGUGGAUGUCCUGCAUCGUCCGGAGCUACUCUUCCCUGAGAACACAGAAGCUCGCAAGAAAUGUGAAAGCGGAGGAUUCAUAUCAAAACUGAUCAAACACACCAAGCAGUUGCUGGAAGAGAAUGAGGAGCGCCUGUGCAUCAAAGUACUGCAGACACUGAGGGAAAUGAUGUCAAAAGAUCGGGGCUAUGGGGAGAAGCUGAUUGCCUUUGAUGAUGAAAUGGAUGUGGCUGAGCUGGCACCUCCACCUGAACCUGAAAUCCCUGCCGAGGAGCUUGAUCCCAACCAGCCACUGAAGCAACUGGAGGAUCAAAGGAGGGGUGAGGCUCUGCGGCAGAUUUUGGUCAAUCGAUACUAUGGUAAUAUCAAAGCUGGCCAGAGGAGAGAGAGCCUCACAACCUUCAGUAACGGCCCACUCACACCAGGAGCACAAGGGAAAUCACCUACAGUUGUCAGCUCUGGGGUCGGAGGUCGAGGGGAGCUGAGCUUGGCGGAGGUCCAGUGCCACCUGGACAAAGAAGGGGCUUCUGAUCUGGUCAUUGACCUCAUCAUGAACGCCACCAGCGAUCGGAUUUUCCAAGAGAGCAUAUUGUUAGCCAUCGCACUCCUGGAGGGUGGAAACACAGUCAUUCAGCGGUCAUUCUACCAUCGUUUAACAGGGGACAACAAGUCUGAGAAAUUCUUUAAAGUGUUUUAUGAGCGGAUGAAGCUGGCCCAGCAGGAGAUCAAAGCCACUGUGACAGUCAAUACCAGCGACCUGGGCAGCAAGAAGAAGGAUGAGGAGCCACCAGACAAAGACACACCAGCGCGUAAGAAAGUGAAAGAUAUGCCAGUCGUGGCAAUGGUGACGGAGGAAGUGAAGGAGCAGCUAGUUGAAGCCUCUGCGGUCACCAAGAAGGCCUUCACGACCUACCGCCGUGAGGCCGAAGCCGAAGAGCACCAAGCUGCGGCUGAUGGCUCUCCUGUCCCAACUGCUGAUAAGAGCCAGGAGGAGGGCGAGAUGAGCGUCACCAUCACUAUCAUGCAGCCCAUCUUGCGCCUCAUGCAGCUGCUGUGUGAGAACCACAACAGAGAUCUGCAGAAUUUUCUACGCAACCAGAAUAACAAGAACAACUAUAACCUGGUGUGUGAGACACUUCAGUUCCUGGACUGCAUCUGUGGCAGCACUACAGGAGGACUGGGACUUCUGGGACUCUACAUCAACGAGAAGAAUGUAGGACUCAUCAACCAGACUGUGGAGAGCCUCACUGAGUACUGCCAAGGCCCCUGCCACGAGAACCAGAACUGCAUUGCCACACAUGAGUGUAACGGUAUUGACAUCAUCAUUGCUCUCAUCCUGAACGAUAUCAACCCUCUUGGGAAGAAGAGGAUGGAUCUGGUGUUGGAACUCAAAAAUAAUGCCUCCAAGCUCCUCCUUGCAAUUAUGGAGAGUCGCCAUGACAGCGAGAAUGCAGAGAGGAUACUGUACAAUAUGAGACCUAAAGAGCUGGUGGAGGUGAUCAAAAAGGCCUACAUGCAGGGAGAGAUAGAGGUUGAGGAGCCGCAGGAGGGUGAGGAUGGAGAGGAGGAGCACUCUGCAUCUCCACGCAAUGUUGGUCAUAAUAUCUAUAUCUUGGCACAUCAGUUAGCCCGCCACAACAAGGAGCUGCAGGCUAUGUUAAAGCCAGGAGGGACAUAUGGAGAAGGCGAUGAAGCCCUGGAGUUCUAUGCCAAACACACAGCUCAGAUUGAGAUUGUACGGCUGGAUCGCACUAUGGAGCAGAUAGUCUUUCCUGUGCCCAACAUCUGUGAGUUCCUCACUCAAGAAUCCAAGCUGCGUGUAUACUACACCACAGAGCGAGACGAGCAAGGUAGCAAGAUCAAUGACUUCUUCCUGCGCUCUGAGGAUCUCUUCAAUGAGAUGAAUUGGCAGAAGAAGCUGCGAGCCCAGCCCAUCCUUUAUUGGUGCUCCAGGAACAUGUCAUUCUGGAGCAGCAUCUCCUUCAACCUGGCUGUGCUCAUGAACCUCCUCGUAGCCUUCUUCUACCCCCUGGAAGGCGUCCGUGGAGGCACUCUGGAACCCCAUCUGUCUGCCCUGCUGUGGAUGGCCAUGCUGGUUUCUCUGGCUAUUGUCAUAGUGCUGCCUCAGCCUCAUGGUAUCAGGGCACUUAUUGCCUCCACCAUCCUGCGCCUAAUCUUCUCUGUGGGCCUCGAGCCCACAUUGCUUCUACUAGGGGCUUUUAAUUUGUGUAAUAAGGUCAUCUUCCUGAUGAGCUUUGUUGGAAACCGAGGAACCUUUACACGUGGAUACAAAGCCAUGAUUUUGGAUGUGGAGUUUCUGUACCACCUUCUCUACCUGAUUAUCUGCACUCUGGGGGUCUUUGUCCAUGUCUUCUUUUACAGUCUGCUACUCUUUGAUCUGGUAUACCGAGAAGAAACCUUGCUCAACGUAAUAAAGAGCGUCACACGCAAUGGCCGCUCAAUUGUUCUGACAGCCGUGUUGGCGCUUAUCCUCGUCUACCUCUUCUCCAUUGUGGGAUAUAUCUUUUUCAAGGACGACUUUAUUUUGGCUGUCGACAGGAUACCCAACAAAACACUCGAACAUGGAGCCAGUAUGGUGGGAGAGUUCUUUUCUAGUGGAGUGUGUCAGAAGGAAAAUGGAGAAAACUGCUCAGCAGAGGCCGUGAUGGAUGCUUCCCUUGUUAUCCAGCCAUCAGCAGUGGUGAUUGAGGAUAAGGAGCGGACGUGUGAUUCCUUACUCAUGUGCAUUGUCACAGUAUUGAGUCACGGCCUCAGGAGUGGGGGAGGUGUUGGGGACGUCCUGCGGAAACCAUCCAAAGAGGAACCCCUGUUUGCAGCCAGAGUUAUCUACGACCUGCUCUUCUUCUUCAUGGUCAUCAUUAUUGUCCUCAACCUCAUCUUUGGUGUCAUCAUUGAUACAUUUGCUGACCUGAGAAGUGAGAAGCAGAAGAAAGAGGAAAUCCUGAAGACAACAUGUUUUAUUUGCGGUUUGGAAAGAGAUAAAUUUGACAACAAGACAGUCACCUUUGAAGAGCACAUCAAAGUUGAGCACAACAUGUGGCACUACUUGUUCUUCAUUGUACUGGUGAAGGUCAAGGACUCAACAGAGUAUACUGGCCCAGAAAGCUAUGUGGCUGAAAUGAUCCGGGAGCACAACUUGGACUGGUUUCCAAGAAUGAGGGCCAUGUCCUUGGUCAGCAGCGAUGCAGACGGGGAACAAAAUGAGAUCAGAAACCUGCAGGAGAAACUGGAGUCCACCAUGAAACUGGUGUCCAACCUCUCAGGCCAGCUGACUGAGCUCAAAGAACAGAUGACAGAGCAGAGGAAGCAGAAGCAGCGGAUCGGCCUUUUGGGACACCCUCAGCACAUGAACGUCAACCCCCAGCAGCCUGCGUAAGGUCGAGCAACACGGCCCCGGAGCGUCUCAGCACUGGCUUCGUGCCCGGAUGGAGCGUGCACUCCUCACACCGAGGUUGCACAUAAUGUAUACUGCACUGAGUGUAACUUAUAACGGUAGGGAAACACUGUAACAUAGGUAGUCAUAAGGCGAUGUGUAGCUCUACCCCACCACGCAUGUGUUACUCUAGAACGUAACACUCACCCACCUCAUUCUGUUCAGGCCUGUCAGAAUUGGUGCCAAAUGUUUCGUAGGUAGAAAUAAUUUGGAUUUCUCAACACAUGGCCUUCACUGGUUGAACUUGAAACAUGAAAAAGCUGACUAGAAAGGAGGGCAUAGUCCCAUUUGUUGUUCUUUUUUUUUAUUUUAUUGUUUUAUAUUUAUAUUUCUAGCAUAAUGAGCAGUAUUACACGUCUUAUUUUUGUAUGUUGUGCAAUAUAUUAACUUAAUAUGCAACCUCAUUGGUGUGUUGAUCGAAUUUCCAUCAGUUAUGUCUUAUUUAAAAGCACGACCCAAUGUUUUGUCUCUGGAUAAAAUAGGGCACUGUUGGUUGUCUGUACUUACACACAAAUAGAGAUAAUAUUUAAUAAGCUGGCCUUCUCAGUUUUACUCUUUUCUUUUAUUUCUUGAAAAUGUGCAUACUUCUUGAGGGGCAACUGCACUCAAUAUAGAUAGCAUAUUGUUUGAGAGCAAUAUAUACAGAUAGUUUACUGUCACCUGUGUAAAUCCAACAGCGUCAUAUCUCAGUGCUAACUAAUUUUAUGAUAUAUUUGCUUUCUUAUUUAACUGGGUUGUAAAGGACAUUUAGUGCCACUCAUGCUAAUCUUGGCUCAGGAGUUGUCAUUUUUACAAUAAUAAAUGUUAUGAUUAUAAUUUCUCCAGUUUUUGCAGCAGACUUCUUCCAUUUGUGCCUGUUUUUGGUCCUCGAGUUAAGUCUCAGACGUCUUUGCUGCUUGUGCUGAGUCACUUUUAUUUUUACCAAAACACAUUAGUUGCUACUGUUAGACUUAUCUCCUUUUUGGACUAUUGUGUGUACAUAAAAUUUGUUGCUUACCUUUGCUUUUGUAUAGAAAAAGGACAUGGAGGGAAAAAAACUGUUAUUCAUGAAUAUUACUAUUACAUUUAAAAAAUUAGGCACUGUCAAUUUGUAUACUGGAGUAGAAUUAUUUAUUAAAAUUGAUGUAAUUAUCCUUUA